UGUUGUGGGCAUGCGCCUGAGGCUGACGGCUGGCGAGCCCGGGCACCGCGGUGCGCUGAAGCUCAAGAUUCCGAAAGGGGGUUCGGGUAGUUUGCUUCGCAGAAGUCUGAGAAGAGAGAUUGCUCCCGAGAUCCCAGGCCUAGCUGUUUCCCAUGUUCUUUAUCCACCUGCGUUUGAAGGAGACCAGACUCCGGCUCCGCCCAGCCCGUGCCGGGUGGUCUGCGGCCGCGAGUCCGUGACCAAGCCCUCCAAGUGAUCGACCUGCCCGCGCGUCCCAACGUGGGGGACCCUUCCAUCCACAAAGCCAGAGGUCUUUGGUCGUGAUGUAGUUGAGCUCCCUGAGGUUCUGACUGGUUUUGGUUUGGUCCUGCUGAUCCUGCUCUGACAGUGUUUGGGGGCUAGAAGUGAUUCAUUGACAGAGUCUGUUAAAGUCCUCAAAGAACAGCCUUGGAAAGUGCCUGAGGAAACUUCUCUAAGUUGCCCCAGAAUGGCAAAAGGAUAAUGCCAGGACCUCACUGUGGGUUGGUGGCAAAUGUGGGCCCUAACCCAGGUCAUCUGGCUUGUCCCCAUGUAACUCGCUAGAAAGACGCAUUCCUGCCUCCAUGGAACUCACUAGAAAGAUGCAACCCCUGAUCCCAUGGAACUCACUACAGAGACGCACCCCCAGCCCCCAAUGGAACUCACAAGGAAGACACAGCCCCUGCCUCCAUGGAACUCACUAGAAGGACGUGGCCCCUGCCUCCAUGGAACUCACUACAAAGACGCAGCCCCUGCCUCCAUGGAACUCAUGGUCCAGCAGACCAGCUGCAUGCUCUGUGUUACUGUCCUACCUGUCCCGGCUGUUGGGGGCUGUGACAAAUUCCCCAGGCCCUAACUUCUCUUCUGUACCCCAGGGUCUGAAAGAUUGCUCUGGGAAAAGGGAAGGAUGCCACUAUUCUUCCGGAAGCGGAAACCCAGUGAGGAGGCUCGGAAACGCUUGGAGUACCAGAUGUGCCUGGCAAAAGAAGCUGGGGCAGAUGACAUUCUCGACAUCUCUAAAUGCGAGCUCUCAGAGAUUCCCUUUGGAGCUUUUGCAACAUGCAAAGUUCUGCAGAAGAAGGUGCUGAUCGUCCACACGAAUCACCUCACUUCCCUGCUUCCCAAAUCCUGCAGCCUCCUGAGUCUGGCAACCAUCAAGGUUCUAGAUCUCCAUGAUAAUCAGCUGACAGCCCUUCCGGAUGAUCUAGGGCAGCUGACCGCACUCCAGGUUUUAAACGUGGAAAGGAAUCAACUGACGCAGCUCCCGCAUUCCAUUGGGAACCUGACCCAGCUCCAGACUCUCAACGUUAAAGACAAUAAGCUGAAGGAGCUUCCAGACACCCUGGGGGAGCUUCGAAGCCUGCGUACCCUCAACAUCAGUGGAAACGAGAUCCAGAGGUUGCCGCAGAUGCUGGCUCACGUUCGAACCCUGGAGAUGCUGAGCCUCGACGCCUCCACCAUGGUCUACCCGCCGCCAGAGGUGUGUAGCGCCGGCACCGCAGCCAUCCUGCAGUUCCUCUGCAAAGAGUCGGGGCUAGAAUACUACCCUCCUUCUCAGUACCUGCUGCCAGUUCUAGAGCAAGAUGGAACCAACUCUCGGGACAGCCCUGAUGGGCCCACAGACAGAGUCUCAAGGGAGGAAGUAGAGUGGCAGAACAGGUUCUCAGACUAUGAGAAGAGGAAGGAACAGAAGAUGCUGGAGAAGCUCGAGUUUGAACGGCGCCUGGAACUGGGGCAGCGGGAGCAUGCCCAGCUCCUUCAGCAGAGCAGCAGCCAGAAGGAUGAGAUCCUUCAGACAGUCAAGGAGGAGCAGUUCCGACUGGAGCAGGGCCUGAGUGAGCGCCAGCGCCACCUCGACGCAGAGCGGCAGCGGCUGCAGGAGCAGCUGAAGCAGACAGAGCGGAACAUCUCCAGCCGGAUCCAGAAGCUGCUACAGGAGAAUCAGAGACAAAAGAAGAGUUCCGAGAUUUUGAAAUCGCUGGAAAAUGAAAGAAUAAGAAUGGAACAGUUGAUGUCCAUAACCCAGGAGGAGACUGAGAACCUACGGCGACGUGAGGUUGCCUCCGCCAUGCAGCAGAUGCUGACUGAGCGCUGUAAGAACCGGCUCAUGCAGAUGGCCUACGAAUCUCAGAGGCAGAACUUGGCCCAGCAGGCCUGUUCCAGCAUGGCUGAAAUGGAUGAACGGUUCCAGCAGAUUCUGUCAUGGCAGCAAAUGGAUCAGAACAAAGCCAUCAGCCAGAUCCUGCAGGAGAGUGCGAUGCAGAAGGCUGCAUUCGAGGCGCUCCAGGUGAAGAAGGACCUGAUGCAUCGGCAGAUUAGGAGCCAGGAGAUGGUCUCGGAGCAGCGCUGGGCCCUCAGCAACCUGCUCCAGCAGCUGCUCAAAGAGAAGCAGCAGCGAGAGGAAGAGCUCCGGGAAAUUCUGACGGAGUUAGAAGCCAAAAGUGAAACCAGGCAGGAAAAUUACUGGCUGAUUCAGUACCAACGGCUUUUGAACCAGAAGCCCUUGUCCUUGAAGCUGCAAGAAGAGGGCAUGGAGAGCCAGCUGGUGGCCCUCCUGGAGGAGCUGUCGGCUGAGCACUACCUGCCCAUCUUUGCCCACCACCGCCUCUCGCUGGCCCUGCUGAGCCAGAUGAACCCCGGGGACCUGGCCAAGCUGGGCGUAUCAGAAGCUGGCCUGCAGCACGAGAUCCUCCGGAAGGUCCAGGAACUGCUGGAUGCAGCCAGGAUCCAGCCAGAGCUGAAACCACCAGUGGGUGAGUUCCUCACCCCCACAGCCCCCCAGGAGCCUCCAGAGUCCAUGAGGCCAUCGGCUCCCCCUGCAGAGCUGGAGGUGCAGGCCUCAGAGUGUGUGGUGUGCCUGGAACAGGAGGCCCAGAUGAUCUUCCUCAACUGUGGCCAUGUCUGCUGCUGCCAGCAGUGCUGCCAGCCACUGCGCACCUGCCCGCUGUGCCGCCAGGACAUUGUCCAGCGCCUCCGCAUCUACCACAGCAGCUGAGUGCUGCCCGCCCACCUGGGCCUGGCCCUGCCUCGGUCACUGCGAGCCCCAGGCUCCUGCUCAGCCUUGCGCCAGCCACACACAUACAAGGUCCCCCCUACCCUGGGCCCUUCUUUCCCCACUGCCCAGGAUGCCCCACCCUGAGCUCCAAGCGCCUCUGGGCCAGGCAGAGGCUCUCCUGAUCCAUGACACCACCAGUCUGAAUGGGGCUGGGGCUGGAGGGGCUGGGGCUGGAGAGGCUGCUGCGCCACCACCCUGGGAGCCAGCAUCCCAGCGUAAUCAUGGAUCUGCUGCCUCCCAAGUUCUCUGACUGAAGGUCAUUCUGCUCCUUCCGGAGCUUGGGUCCUCAUCUGGGGACCAUGCACAGUCCUGUCCUGCUCUGCAUGUGGGAAGUGAGCAGGAGGGCCUAGCUGGGUAAAGGGAGGCUGUGGCCUUGGGGGGCCAUCCUGGGAAGGCAAGCAGUGCAGGCCUAUGCUCACAGUGGUGCCAGCACCCUUGGGCCUUCUUCUCUGCUGCUCCCUAGCACCCUGGGGCCCUCUUGCUCUCUGCAAUUGUCCUUCCUCACACCAUGUGGCUUGAUCCAAAGCAGGAGCAUCAAUAAACCCAUCUUCAGCGCGCUUCUGGCCAGAGUCAUUGCAGGGUCCUCAUGGGAGCCCGGGAACGGGAGCGGGUGAGGUCUGGGGAUGGGGCUAGGACAGAGGGCACCUAUUCUUGAGGAGGGAACCAGGAGUGUGCUGCCCCUCAGUUGAAAGGAGAGGUCGGUAGAGCCAUCUUGAGGUGGAGAGACUGGGGCCCAGAGGGAAAGCACCGAGAGGUAGCCAGGGCCGGUGAUGGUUGCAGCCUGUGCCUCUGAGCGGAGGAGCCCUGUGGGCGGGCUGUGUGUUCUGUAUCUUAUCCCAAUGAGGCAGCUGAGGCUGAUGGGGGUAAAUGCCUAGGGCCUUGCAACUGGGACAUGGUGAUGCAGGGUUUGAGGCCCAGAAGCUUCCUCACCCUCAAACCUGUGCAGUUGUGCAGGUUGGUCACUGCACAGUUCUAGGAGCCAUAUACACCUGCACUCGCUGCAGGGGUGCAUGUCGAUUAUGCAUUUUCUGGCAGAUGGUGUUGAGCCAGGGGAGCCUCUACCUUGGGCAUAUGGCAGGACUGCUCAGAGCACCUGGGCUCUACCUCCAGCUCAGUGACCCUGGCCAGUGUUUGGGCCUCAGUUUCAGCUAGUGGCCUCCAGGGGGUGCUGAGUGCUUGCCCCAAGUACAACAUCCACAGGAGUAGGCAGGAGGGUUCAGGUUCUGGGGUGGCAGAAAAGUCCCUAUGCCCAGGCCUGUUUCCCCCUCCCUGAGACCAUCAGUCCUGUGCACGGAACGCGGGUGAAUACCCUUUGUUGUGUGAGUCCUGUUUCCCAGGCAGGAGCUGGGUGGCCUUUUCCCAUGUCGGCACCCUCAGUUCCCCCUCCUCCCAACACCCUCCUGGGUUCAACUUGCCAAGGGGGAGGGACCGAGGCAGGUGGAGCUUUCCUGGAGCACAGUGCUUUGCAGACCUCCUGUUCUCACCAGCCCAGGGAGGCCUCAUGGAAGAGCUUGAGGCUCAGUGACCUGCCAAGGACAACAGCAAGCCACAGCCGCAUCCCUGUGUUCCAUACAUUACCCCGCUGAGGCCCACGCAGUCCUGUCUUGUAUCUCGGCCCUUGUUGACUGAGGGAGGCUCAGGCCCAAGUCAUAGGAUGCCACAGAGAAGCGGGCACCAGGGAAGCCAACGUUCCCCAAGGUGACUGGCUGCCACCCCACCCAAUAAGGACAUGCUUUUACCCAUAGGUUGGGCAACCUACCCCCAACAGCUGCAGGGGUGUUCCAGUGCCCCGUAAGCUUGGCCCAGGUUCCCCAUCCUCCUAGGCCUCAGUUUACACAUUGGUGAAAUGGUGACAGCAGUGACCACUUUCUAGAGCCGCCUCGAGGCUCCUGUUUCCACACACACUGCAUUUGGCCCACACUGAGCGCUUGGCAAACACUAGUGUGUGAUCGGGCGUGUUGAAGGAGCUGGCUGUUUGGAUCCAGCCCGAUCCUGGGCCCACCCCACUAUGAGCACCCCAGGGUCCUGAAUGGCCUUGAAGCUGCUGCCUGCCACCGACCCUGUCAGCCUCAUCAUUGCCCAAGGCUGCCUCUACCCCCGCAGCACCACUCAAGGCAACUGGCUUUAAAUAAAGCGUUUAUUGAUUAGUAGAAGCA